AUGAAGUCCAUCACUGCCCUGACUUCCCUGCUCCUCCUUGGAGCUGUCACCGCCCAGGAGAUCCAGUCCAAACCCUUCAACUUGGUUAUUCAAUCGGAAAAGAAGCCCAUCAAUGGCCAAAAGCUUGCCGCCUGCCACACCGGUGCCGCUAUUGAAUCGCUUUGCCUGGCUGGUGGAUCCGGCUCGGAGUUCUAUCUGAACACCACCGAGGGAUCACAAAGCCCCAUCAAGGGCGACAAGCCCUCCGGAACGCUCAUCUGGAAUCUCCCAUAUAACGGUAAUCGUGAGUACACACCUAUAUCACUCCAUAUCUUCCAAGUAUCGCUAACAGACCACACAGAGGUGGAAUCUGAACCCAUGAGCUUCUACGUUGACCCUUCCACCAACGUCGCUAUGCCCCUGUUCCAGCCAUCUUACGACCAGCAGCAAGUCAUGUUCGACAAGGAUGGACUCAUGGGUAUCUACAGUUAUCUCGAUGACUCCGUCACCCCUCCCAAGGAUGACAAAGUCAAGGUCUUGAAAAACUGGUAUGUUUGUGAGACCAACUACUCCGCCUACCAGUAUCGCACCUUGAACUGGGUUUUGGGCAACGGCAGUGCCAAGCCCCAGAACCCAAGCUGCGUCAAGGUCCAAGUUCACCGCAAGUUCCUUUAA